GGUUGGGGGGGGGUGUCGUUGCUAAGUGAUCCAUCUUGCUUGGUUGGUGGGUUUCUGGGCGCGAGCUUUUAAGUGUCCGUUUGCCACGUCCCCCAAGUUCCUAAUGAUCGCGUGUUUCUCGCACCUUGGUUGCUGAGGACCCUCGUUGCUAAGGACUUAGAUUGCCUUGGACCCGGUUGCUAAGGGUACCUGGUUGUUAGGGGGAACUGUAUGAUGCUAGGGAACCUUGGUGCCCCCCUCCUAUCUCUUCCCUCUAGUUCCUGUGCCCCUCCUGAACAUGCCAUCCCCACUGCGCCUCCUCUCCCAAACUUGUCUCUACUCAGAGUAUUUUCUUAUCUCCUCUAUUCCUUUUUAAACUUUCCCUCUGUUAGUAAACCUAACCCUCCCUGCACACAUACACACAAACACUAUUUCCUUCCUCACUUCUAAGUCUUUCUCCAUGUCCCGUAUGCUUUGCUUUCUCCUGCCUCUCUUAAACCUUCCAGUCCCAGCCUCCUUGUCCCUCACUGACCACUUCUGACAGCACUGUUUACUCUAACGCGGUCUGCUUUCCCCCAUGCCUUCCCUCCCUCCCAACCCAGUGUAAUUAGCUUGAUGGGCCUUCUUGCUCCCUGCCCCUCUGCUUUGAAGACCUUCAUUCCCACUUAACCAUGCCCCCCACUGUAACCACAUCUGCUCCCCCUCCUCCCCCAGCCUCUGACCCUCUGGAGACCCAGGCAGGGAAGGUGCAGGAGGCUCAGGACUCAGAUUCAGACUCUGAGGAAGGAGCUGCUGGCGGCGAAGCAGAGAUGGACUUCCUGCGGAACUUCUUCUCCCAGACACUGGGCCUGGGCACCCAAAAGGAGCGUUUGCUGGACGACCUGACCCUGGAAGGGGUGACCCGCUACAUGCAGAGUGAGCGCUGUCGCAGGGUCAUCUGUUUGGUAGGAGCUGGGAUCUCCACAUCCGCCGGCAUCCCUGACUUCCGCUCCCCAUCCACCGGCCUCUACGCCAACCUGGAGAAGUACCAUCUUCCUUACCCGGAGGCCAUCUUUGAGAUUGGCUACUUUAAGAAACACCCAGAGCCUUUCUUUGCUCUUGCCAAGGAACUCUAUCCUGGGCAGUUCAAGCCGACCGUCUGCCACUACUUCAUCCGCCUGCUGAAGGAGAAGGGGCUGCUGCUGCGCUGCUACACGCAGAACAUAGACACCCUGGAGCGAGUGGCGGGGCUGGAGCCCGAGGACCUGGUGGAGGCCCACGGCACCUUCUACACCUCGCACUGCAUCAGCCCCCUCUGCCGGCGGGAGUACUCGCUUAGCUGGAUGAAGGAGAAGAUCUUCUCCGAGGUGACUCCCAAGUGUGAGAAAUGUCACAACGUGGUGAAGCCUGACAUCGUGUUCUUCGGCGAGAACCUCCCAGCGAGGUUCUUCUCCUGCAUGCAGUCAGACUUCCUGAAGGUGGAUCUCCUCCUCAUCAUGGGCACGUCCCUACAAGUGCAGCCCUUCGCGUCCCUCAUCAGCAAGGCACCCCUCUCCACCCCACGCCUGCUCAUCAACAAGGAGAAGACUGGGCAGACUGACCCUUUCCUGGGGAUGAUGAUGGGCCUCGGAGGAGGCAUGGACUUCGACUCCAAGAAGGCCUACAGAGACGUAGCCUGGCUGGGUGACUGUGACCAGGGCUGCCUGGCUCUUGCCGACCUCCUCGGAUGGAAGAAGGAGCUGGAGGACCUCGUCCGGAAGGAGCAUGCCAGCAUUGACUCCCAGGCAGGAUCGGGGAGCCCCAGCCCCAACCCCAACACUUCAGCUUCUCCCAGGAAGUCUCCACCUCCCGCCAAGGAGGAGGCCAGGACCGCAGAGGGAGAGCGGCCCCAGUGACAGCUGUGGUUCCUGGGCAGAACUCCUGGGCAGAACUCUCGCAGAGCCCCUCCAGCCCUGGCCCCCUCUAACUUGCAGCUCUUGUCUGGGGAGCUCAGAACAUUGCCCUAGUCUCUUAACCACCCCCUCUCAAAACUGAGGUCCCGCCCCCUGACCCUGGCAAACCUCUAACAGCACCCAGGAGCUGAGGCCUGGGCAGCCCGGCUGUAACAGCCCGGAGUCUCUAACCACCUGCGGGGACGGGGAUCAACCUCCGCUAAUCUCUAACUGCUCCCAGGGCCAGGACUGCCUCUAAACUUCUAACUGUUCCUGACAGGGGCCCCAGGCCUCCCCAGGGCUCUCCAUGUCCUCUGCCGCUCCUAGGGGCCUGUGCCCAGGUUGGCCAAGUCUAACGUACCCUGGUGGAGUGUGGACCCUCCAAACCUAACACCCUCUGUGGGGAGCUGAGCCUGAAGGCCUCCCAAGUCUGGGCCUCCCACUCCCAAAGUGGGUGCUGGACCCGUUCCCUCUGGGACCCUCUUCCCCUGCCGGGAGGGGCUGACAAUGUUGCUCAUUGGAGACAAAUUAAAAACAAAAACAACUAACAAUCAACU